AAUCUGCAAUGCAUGCCCCCUGUUCCCCCAUUAGGCUGCUGCCAGGAGGUGGGAGAGGCUCAAUUGCUCCUUUUGUAGUGCCCACAACCAGCUGCUGCUAAGAGGUGUGGGGAAGAAGAAGGAGAUCCCUGGUCUCAAUGGGGAGUCGUCAUCCUUGUAAGGCAGAAGCUGCAGCUGUUAGUCGAGUGAGACUAUGGGGGGCGUAAAGGAGGGGGAGCUGAAGGUUCCUGAGGAGAUGUUCAAAAACGUGUCAUUUACUAUGCAGUGGGAGACAUAGACCCACGUAACCUUCCUUGGCCUUGCUAAUCUCACUCCUUCCCCCAGCCAAAGCACCCCCUGCUAUUCCACCUGCAGGACCUUCCAGUUCCUCGUCUUCCCGACCCCACUUUCAAGGGUCAUGUCAUGUUGACAGUGACUAUGUGAGCCUCCAAAGCAGCUUACAUCAUUCUCUUCCCCUCCAUUUGAUCUUCACAACAACCUUGUGAGAAGACACCGAAGCACGUCAGCAUCUUUCAUUUCGAGGGUAAUUCCCAAUUUGAGGAUAAGAGGCCACACACAGAACAAUGUACUGUUGUUGCAGACAUUCCUGAAACCAUGCUGUAUAUUUAAGGCAGGCCUUGUCUUAAGAGAGACUAAGGCAGAAGAACAAAGAGGGGGAAAGCCUUUUUGAAGGGACUGAAGAUGAAGGGACAAGCUCCGGAAGCUAGGAAAAGCCCUGAAGUAAUUGAGCAUGCAAGCCAGGGAGAAUUCUGGGAAAGAACCAGACAGAAGUUUCUGGCAAAGGAAUCCACACAUAUCCAGUGCCGGCACUUCAGGCAGUUCUGCUACCAGGAGGUCAAGGGACCCCGAGAGGUUUGCAGCAAACUCCACCAUCUUUGCUGCCUGUGGCUGAAGCCUGGAAGCCAUACCAAGAAGGAGAUUCUGGACUUGGUCAUCCUGGAGCAAUUUCUGGCCAUCCUGCCCCUGGAGAUGAAGAACUGGGUCAGGGAAUGCAGGCCAGAGACAAGUUCCCAAGCAGUGGCCCUGGCAGAAGGCUUCCUGUUGAGCCAGGCAGAGACCCAGAAACAGGAAAAUCAGGAGCAAGGCCUUUUAGUGGGAGUAGCCAGCAAAUUCCUUAGGACAGAGCAGGGUCCACUGGGCACUCAACAGAGGGCACGCUCCAGGAGGGUUGGACAGAAGGGUGAGCGAGGUACCACCUCACAGGGCAGAGACUUGGCACCAGCAAAACUGAUGAAGCCGUCUUUUCUUGGUGGUCUAGCAGACACAUCUUCUCUGCCAGAUCAGGGCCCGGUGACCUUCGAGGAGGUGUCUGUGCAUUUUACUGAGGAGGAGUGGGUGUUGCUGGAUCCGAGCCAGAGGAACCUCCAUUGGGAAGUUAUGCUGGAGAAUUUUGCCAAUGCAACCAGUCGGGAAGGAGCUCUCAUUCCUAAACCGGAUCUCAUAUCUUUGCACAAGGAAGGUGACCCUCUGUUUAUCCAGGGCUCUGAAAAAGAAGAGAGAUCUUCUGGAGGCAACAGAUGGGCAAGUGGGUAUCAGGGAGACCCAUUGGGGAUGUUGUUGGAAACAGCCAGCUGUAAAGAAGGGGAAGACUCCGAAAGGAAAACUGAAGCAAAACAGAAGACCAGGAAUGCAUCUACUCUUCACAGUGGCAGCUGUGAAGAAAUCCCAAUUCAAGGGAAAAUGUCCAUGAGGAAUGAAAAGAGUAAGUGUCCUGUAUGUGGGAAAUGCUUCACACGGAAAUCCAGCCUGAACCUUCACUGGACAAUCCACACAGGGGAAAAGCCUUUUAAAUGCUUGGAGUGUGGGAAGAGCUUCAGACGGAGGGACAAACUGAUUAGACACCAGGGAAUCCACACAGGAGAGAAACCGUAUGCUUGCCUGGAGUGCAGAAAGAGCUUCAGAGACAGAAUAAACCUUAUCUCCCAUUUGAGAAUCCAUACAGGAGAGAAACCGUAUGAAUGUCUGGAAUGUGGAGAAAACUUUACAUGGAGAAAAACACUGAUUUACCAUCAAAGAAUCCACACAGGGGAGGAGCCUUAUAAAUGCUUGGAGUGUGGAAAGAGCUUCAGUACAGGCUGGGACCUUACAAGGCAUCAGAGAAUCCAUACAGGAGAUAAGCCAUUUAAAUGCCUGAUGUGUGGGAAGACCUUCACUCGGAAGACAAACCUUAUGUCACAUCAAAAACUGCACACAGGGGAACAAUUGUAUAAAUGCUUCGAUUGUGGAAAAAGUUUUUGUCAAGGCCCUGCCCUUACCAGACAUCAGAGGAUCCAUACAGGGGAGAAACCGUAUAAAUGUUCAGAAUGUGGAAAAAGUUUCAACCUGAGCACAACCCUAACCAGACAUCAAAGAAUCCACACAGGGGAGAAACCGUAUCAGUGCUCUGUGUGUGGAAUGAGCUUCACUUGGAGCUCGACCCUAAGUUCGCAUCAAAGAAUCCACACAGGAGUAGGCAGCAUAUCACUAUCCAGAGCGCAGAAUGUGUUUCAGCAAGAGGGAAAAGGUAACUUUCCAUUAGAGAAUACACAAAGAGAAGAAUCCACGACACCUGGAAAUCCUCAGGGCGUUACAAGAAUAUUGGGUGAAGAACAGAUCUUUUCAUCAAGAAAUUCAUAUGAAAGCAUAUAAAUACAAUCAUAGCUUGAAUAGUCUACAAACUUUGGGAGAACCUCACCACUUACUCUGCUGCAAGAGCUGCUCUGCUUCUGCUGCUUUAACCAAUUACCAAUCCAUAAAAGGACCUUUCUUCUUGACCCGUUAGGGUAAUACUGUGACUUCAAGGUUUUCUCUGUAGAUUUUGGAGAAUUUUUUCCUUAAAAGCUUUUUGGAAACCCACACUGUUUCCAGAGUGUUUUGAGCACAAACACAAUAAAACUGUCUUAUAGGAGCAGCAGUGGCGUAGGAGGUUAAGAGCUUGUGUAUCUAAUCUGGAGGAACUGGGUUUGA